UAUAAAAAGCAGCUGCUGAAAGGCCAGUCAACACCGAGACCUCAGGGGAUCCACCAGCAUCGCUGCUCAGCAUCACCAAGGCGGUUACCCAAACAAUAUACCCGAGAUGGGCAGGAUUAUCUUCUACGAGGACAAGAACUUUCAGGGCCGUCGCUAUGAGUGCGACAGCGACUGCUCGGAUUUCCACGCCUACCUGAGCCGCUGCAACUCCAUCCGGGUGGAGAGUGGGGCCUGGGUGGUGUACGAGAGGCCCAACUACAUGGGCUACCAGUACGUCCUGACCAGAGGGGAGUACCCGGAGUACCAGCGCUGGAUGGGACUCAACGACCGCCUCAGCUCCUGCAAGCCAAUCCACUUUAGUGGUGGAACCCAGUACAAGAUGCAGCUCUAUGAGAAGGCAGACUUCGGCGGCCAGGCAGUGGAAGCCACAGACGACUGUCCCUCACUCCUGGAGAAGUUCCGCUGGAGAGAGGUCAACUCCUGCAAGGUCUUUGACGGCUGGUGGGUUUUCUAUGAGCGGCCCAAUUACAGCGGACGUCAGUAUUUCCUGGAGAAGGGGGAGUACCGCAAGCCUGGUGACUGGGGUGCCGUCAGUCCUACGGUGCAGUCCUUCAGGCGCUUCACCGAAUGACUCCAAAUUGUUCCAAAUUCCUUAAUGAGAACCAUCAAAAUCUGAAGUUCUGUUAUUGCCUGGUUUCAACAAACUGUGAUUUUUGAGUUGAGGUCUCAAAAAUAAAACUCAUCAAAAACACCUCCC